CUUUGCAGUGAUUUUUCUGAUAGGCCAACACGAAAACCAGCUUUCAGUGUCUUCCGUUGCGGCAGAGGACAAAGGUUUCUUCGACCCACCAGCGCCACCCAAAUCACUCGAGAUGACCUUCCUGGAGUUUCUGCUGCUCUUGCUGGUGCUGUACUACGUGGGCUACGUGCUCCUCUGGAUCCUGCUCGACUGCAAUGUGGCCCUGUGGUACAAAUCCCGCUUCGGAGUCUCUUUGUCGUCGAUGCGCGGACAGGUGGUUUGGAUAACAGGUGCCUCGAGUGGCAUUGGCCGGGCCCUGGCAAACAGCUUGGCCAAACAUGGAGUGAAACUGGUGCUAAGUGCCCGCAGGGCGGAGCAAUUGGAGCAGGUCAAAGAGGAAUGUCUAGCUGCGGCCAGGGGACUCCUGGCCACCAAGGAUGUUCUGGUCAUCCCGAUGGAUAUGCUUGAUGUAGAUGAGCAUAAAGUACACUUAAACACGGUGCUUAAUCACUUUCACCGACUCGAUAUCCUGGUCAACAACGCAGGCAGAUCGCAGCGAGCCAGUUGGACGGAAAUAGAGAUCAAGGUGGAUCGGGAACUGUUCGAACUGGAUGUCUUCUCCGUCGUCCAUCUCAGCCGACUGGUGGUUCGCUAUUUCGUGGAACAGAACGGUGGAAGAGGUCACAUUGCGGCCACGUCCAGUAUAGCCGGCUUCAGUCCGGUUCCAUUCUCAGCCACCUAUUGUGCCGCCAAGCACGCCUUGAAUGCCUACUUGCUUUCCCUGAAAGUGGAGAUGCGAAAGCUGGACAUAUCAAUCUUUGCCCCGGGACCCAUCGCCACCGACUUCCUGCAGGAGGCCUUUACAGGAUCGCAGGGCGGAAAAGUGGGCCUGAGUACGGCCAAUCAAAAACGCAUGACUGCCCAGAGAUGUGGCGAUCUCUUCGCCGUGGCCUUGGCCAAUAAGAUGGAUCUCACCUGGUGUGGUCUGUUUCCAGUCAACGUGUUGGCCUACUGCGCCAGGAAUCCCACGUUGACCAAGAUCCUGGCUCAGUUCAUGACCGAGAAGACGCUCAACAAGAUUCGCGAGGGCAAGCUGUGAGAUCUAUCGUAAGACGCCUCAACCCCUGCCUCCUCUUCCUCCCAUCGGUUCUCAGACAACUUUUAUACAACACAAUGCUUAACUAUAUCAAGUUUAUAAACAUUUACACAAGAUAAAUCUGAGUGUAGAAAUAUGUACUCAAGAUAAAGCUGA